AUGAUCUUGUGCAACAUUGAGUCCACUAUUCUUGAAGAAGGUGAAGGAGAUGAAGUGAAAAUGGACUCGUCAGUACUGUGCGACACGACAACGUUCAAUUUUUUGUCGACGGAGCGUGAUUCAAAACUUCGCCUGUCUACAAAGUCCGAACCAUUCGAUUUGCUUCUAUUAGGAAUGAAGAGAAAUGAGAAGCGCAUAAUUCGAAUUGAUCAAAAAACAGCGGUGCUCUUCCAUGUCAAAAAAGUAGGCACAGUGUGCGAGGUACUCAAUGAUUACUCAGUUUUACAUCGGAUUGUUGGAGUGGAAAUUGAUCGUAUGGAGAUACGAUUAGAGGCGGCAUUGGAAAGAAUGGUUGAUCGGCAUUUCCAAUCAUUCGCGGAAGAGAUACGAAAUGUCAAAAGUACUCAGGAAGCAAUCCUAAACAAGCUGGAUGAGCUCACAAAAACCAGAGACAGCUGA